AUGGAUCGUCCUCGGCGAGCCGCUGCUGCAAAACCAGCGGGUCACUAUGCCGCCACAACCACUUCCACAAAGAGAAAGAGGUCUGACACUACCACUGCUUCGGCCCGGAAGAAGGGCAAACAGAGAGCUGAGUCCACGGUAUACGGAGUGGGCUCGCGUACCCCUGUUCCUCUUCCUGCUGAUGUUUCCCUCCCCAUCCCUGUUAUUACACCAGACCCUUUGGAUCCGGCCGCACUUGCAUUGGAUUUGAAUAAAUCCUAUGAAGAUCAGAUUACACCACCGAAAUGGCCAAAGCGCCAACAAAGAUGGAAAAACCCGACAGGGAAUCCAAUCAGAUUCAUGGAGGAUACGCCACUCGGUUGGAAUACCGACGAACCCGACCUUGAUCCUCAUGACGUGGAGGCUCAGAUCGCAAGGUGUCAUGAGAGGAUCAGUGAUAAUAUCAUGCCCCAUCAGUUUGAUUUCAAGCUGAGGAACUUGUUGUUGGAGCAGAAAAGUCGCAAGGACAUGAUGUCCUUGGAGCCCGCUGGAUUAAGUUGGCCUGUCGUCCAGCGCCUGCAAAGCCUCAAGGGGACUUUGGAAUGGCUCCAGAGCCAGCAUGACAAGUACGAGCUGGCUGCCAAUGUGACGAACAUCAUGGCAGCAUAUAGAUCGGGCCAAUUGAGAUGGAAUACAGGUCUUGUUACCUACUGGUCUAGAGGCACUCAGCUCUGUCUUCCGAGGCCAUUCAGGUGGGACGAAUUCGAUAUCAUCAAUGCCCAAAAUGACGGUAGCAGUGGCUUUUGGGUAGAAGGACUUCAAGGACCAGGUCCAGUGCCCCAACUGUUUGAUUGCAUAGCUAAGCCAAUCCCUGGAGACGUACCAUUUCGUGCUUACAUGAAUAUUACCAUACGAAUCCCAGAGGCGACUUUUCAAGCUGGAGGAGGUGCAUUUAACCCUGUAUUGGGAUCUGUAGGGCUUCAGCUGCCCUUCGUCGAUGAUAGUGGUGCUUCUGUCAUGCAGAUAAAUCAAAGUGAUAUACGGUACCUGAUGAGUCUCAAUCGUGAUCCCCAACAAAAUGACCCCCCGCCUCCACCAGUCUUAGGUGCCCUGCAAAUAACAGUCGCGAAUGGGGUAUACAACAACCUUGUCUGCAGGAGACUUGAGAUUAACAUGUGGGAUCCUAAAAUCGGGAACUACAUGUCCACCGCGUGGCAUCCAGUCCAAGUCGUCAUUCACGAUGACACCAACUCGACACAGCAACUUCGAUUAAAUGGCCCUUGGCCACGACACAGGAUGUAUACAUCGUCGGCUCCGGAUGGCUUAUCCAAUACAUAUUUUACCGACAUACACCCAUCACAAUCAUUGACCGUGCCAUGGGUACAUCCGGCUCAAAUGGCCGCCCAAUUACCGGACUUUGCAGUGCAACCAAUAUCGGCAACAGGAGGAAAGGUAGCAGGAGGGAAAGCAGUCCCCUGA